UCCAGAAUACCGGAGUAAAAUUUUAACUGAAUUUAAAGGCCAAGUUAAAAAAUUAUUUAUUCAUACGGAGGCACGUAAUGUUCUUCUUGAAGCUUAUGAGCUUUCUAAUGUAAAGCAACGAUCGUCCUUAUUAGAAGAAUUUUAUGGUCCGGAAUUCACUCUAUUCAAGAGAACUGAAAAUCUAAAUAUUAAAGAUUUGAUUGCUGAAGAUCCUUCUAAUAAAGACAAAGUUCUUAAAAACCUUUUUCAAGCUAUUCAAUAUCUAAUAAAAAAGCCAGAAUCAUUGAAUUACAUAAUUAUGCAUCGAAUUCUGUUAGAAUAUUUUACCUAUGCGGACGAUUCCAAGAUAAGAGAAGUAAUAGAAAUGAUUAGUGAACAAGUUUCCAUGUUUUUACAUACUCGGGAGGGUUCACAAGUUGCAAUGCUAUGUUUUUCGCACGGCGCUGUAAAGGAUCGUAAAACUAUGCUGAAAUCCAUGAAAGAAUAUGCUGCAAAGAUAUGUAAGGAAGAAUACGGAUACUUGGUAUUGUUAAGAGCAUUUGAUGUUGUCGAUGAUACUGUAUCGGUCACCAAGUAUAUUAUAGAUCAAAUAGUUAAACCAGGCGUGCUUAAAACAAUAAUGCAAGAUAAAUUUGGUCAUCGUGUGAUUUUAUAUCUUUUGACUGGAAGAGCAAAGUCUAAAAUGUAUUUAAGCUUUGAGACAUUUCAAUUACUUGAAAAGGGUGAUGAAAUACGAGAAAAGACUAG